AUGGCUCAAAACAGAGGCCCAACUAUCCUCAUUGCGAUGUGGACCACCACGUCAAUUGCAACACUCUUCGUCGCUGCAAGGUUGUUUACACGAAUCAGGAUCUUAAGGGAUAUUGGCCUUGAUGACUACUUGAUCGCAGCUUCCAUGGUAAUCGGUCUUUUAUUCGUUAGUCUGGAAACAGCCGCCGUCACAGCUGGUGAUGGCGAGCAUGUCUCUGCACUGUCACGUCACAGUUUCGAAAGAGCAGCAAUGUUAAACACUGCGGCAUAUGCUCCGGGUAUCGUAUCCUUUGUUCUGCCCAAGUUAGGGGUAGUGGCCCUUCUAUGUCGAAUUUUCAACCCGACUCGGCGCUGGAGGAUCUUUCUGUGGGCUUUCGUGGGGGUCAGUGGGUUGGUCAUCUGUGGAUGCAUUAUCAUCCUUUAUACGCAAUGCAGUCCGAUGAGAGCCAUGUGGACACCCGGCUUGGGAAAGUGCUGGAGUCCAAGUAUCGUGGUUGACUAUUCCAUCUUCGCAGGCGCACUCUCGGCUUUUCUGGACAUCUUUCUUGCAAUCUAUCCCGCAGUGAUACUGUGGAAUCUCCAGAUGGCAACCAGGAGAAAAAUCCUACUCCUCAGUGCUUUCGCUUUAGGAUCCUGUGCUGCUAUCGUGGCUGUCGUUAAAUGUACUCAUAUUCCAGGACUAGCAAAUGAAUCCGACCCGACCUAUAGCACAUCAGAACUCGUUAUCUGGACGAAGUAA